AUGUUCAGCUGCCUGUGGCAGUUAUGGGAUUGGAUUGAUCCGCCCACGUUCACAACGAUGGAGAGCAAGAAGCUGCAGCAGUUGCAGCAGGCGAAUUCACAUCUAGCACCGAUGCCGCAGAUGAAGGGACCCCAGCAGCAGCAGCAGCAGCAAGGACCCGGUGGCUAUCAUCAACAUCCUCCACCGGGUGGUUACGAUUACGGUGCAACCGGGACGGCAGUGAACCGAUCGGGUAUGUUUCCUUCGAACAUUGGCCCUUCGGCUCAGUACCAGAACUAUGGGCCACACAACCCACAUCCGUCGUCCUCGAUGCGGUCACCGUACUCGACCGGGAGCCCGAAGUCAUCGCUUAGCACGAACAGUGGCGCCCUCUAUGGUGCCACCGAUGGUGGGGACCUUUCGUCGACGAGCGGUGGCCAAUCGCACCAUUUACAUCCGGGUUCGUUGGUACAUCAGCAACAGCAAUACCGCAGCAACACGCUCGGUGGCAGUGGGUACUCGUACGAGCAACAGCAGCAACAACACCAGCAACUUUACCGAGUCAGCUCACCCUCGAGCGGAAGUGGAGGAGAACGUGAGCGGUUGUAUCAAACGGCACCGUUAGUACGCACUGGGGGAGGUCCUGGGGGAAGUGGUGUUGGGACGCCCCAUUCCGUCACCAGCGGGCUUAGCUCGGUUCAGAACGCACCGAUGUCUAAGCUGGAGCUGCAGUUCCAGCAACUGCAACGGGAGAAAAUUCAGCAACAGAUUAAAACGGCCACCGAAGCCAUCGCACAUCAGCAGCAAACGUUUGCGCUUCGGCAGCAGCUCAAUCCACCGGUGCCGAAUUAUCACCUGAAGCAGAACCUGCUGCAGAAUCUGUCCCAGCAGCACCAGCAGCAAAUUCAGCAACAGCAGCAACAUCAACAGCAGCAGCAGCAGCAGCAGCAGCAGCAACAACAAACGCAGCUGCAGGUUCACAAACACCCGCAAUAUCCCAAUGCCCAGCAGCAGCAACAGCAACAGAAACAACAUCUUAAACAGCAACAACAACAGAUGCAGCACGUAAUGAAGCAACAACAGCAGCAUCAACAGCAACAACAGCAACAACAACGUUAUACGGCGUCUGGACCACAGAAUCGGAACGUUCCACCUUCUAGCUUAAACCUGUUGAACCACUGCCAACCUGCGGGGAAUGAAACGGACAAAAUAAUGCGUUCGCACGUGCCAUCCUACCACGGAACAGCGGAUUCCAGCCAUCCACCGCUCGGAAGCGCCACCACAGGUACAUACGGUAUGGAAGACGAAUCCUUAUACCAGCAAAAGGGCGUCGGUGCCGGUUACCAUCAACCAGGUGGCAUGGGUUCGCCACCUCAAUCGCAGCAACUCGGCGGUGGUAACAACGAAAUCAUUAUCCAGCAAAACAUUCCCGGUCAGGUUGUGAAUCAAGCCUGCCAGACGCAGAUUAGCUCGAUGGUGUUGGCCAGCGGUGGCGGCGGCCAGCAGGUGAAAUCGUCCCCUUCGGACACGCUUUCGAGCCCUUCGCAUGAUUCGAGCGAACGUAAACGUGGUGGUGGUGGAGGGAGUAGCAACGGUGGUAGCCAACAACACACCCUCAAGUCUCCGGUAACCAAACGGCCAGCUAAUGCCCCGGUGGCACUGUCCGGAUGGUUGUACAAGCAGGGUUCGGAUGGGUUGAAGGUUUGGCGUCGACGUUGGUUCGUCCUUUCUGAGUACGUGCUGUACUACUACAAGAGCCAGGAGGAAGAGAAGCUGCUUGGGACGGUGUUGUUGCCAUCGUACAAGGUGUCCGCUUGCUUCCCGGAGGACAAGAUAUACCGGAAGUUUGCGUUCAAGUGCGAGCACGCCAACAUGCGCACGUUCGUCUUUGCAGCAGAGAGUGGCGAAUCGAUGAGUCAGUGGGUGCGAGCUCUCACACUGGCCACGAUGAUGAUCCAGCAGGGUGGACCCGAACACGAAGCAUUCGCCAAUCAUCAACUGCUGCAGCAGUACAGCAACAACCAGAUCGGGAAAGGUGCCGGUGGUGAGUUGCUGUCGAGUGAUUCGAGCGGAACCGGAGGACCUCAAUCGCAGGGCUCGAACGACACGAUGAAGCUUAUCCAGCAUGCGACUGGGAAUGCAAGUAGCAGUAGUAGUGGUGGAGGAGCUGCUGCAGGACUCAACGAUAGUGCUGCGUCCUUGCCGCAACCUCUGUACGCGAAUGCACCACCAAAACCGAGACGGGUGAAUGAUGCCGGCUAUUCGUCACCAAGUCCUGAACAUACGAUCCUGCACGAUCGGUACGAGCAGAUGGUACAGCACCAGCAGAUGAUGCCAUCGGCUGGGUUGUUCCCGGGUGUUGCUGCGGGUCAACAACCGGUGUUGCCCAACAACCGUACACCUUCGGUGUUGACGGCGAACGCGAUCUACGGCGAUCCGAAGCGGAUCGAGCGUGAUCUGUACAUUCAGAAGCUCAUCGAACAGCAGCAGCAGUUGAAUGCCAGCAAACAGCAACAACAGCAGCAGCAACAACAACAACAGCAGGCCAUGCAACAAUCUCCCCUACAUAGUGGUCAGGUGCCACGGGGUGUCAGUACGAAUCCUUUCCUCUAUCCAAACAACGAUCGUCGUACACCGGACACAUACGGACCCCCGAACGCCGUCAUCGAUCCGAAGCAUAUGUCCGACUAUGAGGACAUCUAUAACCUAACAAUGUUGUCCAAAUCGCUCCCAUCGAACGCUACCGGUGCGAUGGAGAAUGCGAUGCUGGCUGGUGGAGAAGCAGAAGGUGGAAAUGGGGCAAGCUAUAAGCGUCCGGCGAGUCCGUUGCGGUACGGUAGUAAUGGUGCGUUCCCGCCCUACAUGGCCAAUGCGAUGUAUAAUGUCGGUCAGUUCGAGAAUGCAUCGGCUUCAGCUGCCGGAACUCCAUUGCAGCAACACAUACAGAUGCGAGCUCGACCUGUCCCGCCGAGUAUUCCAAGACCCCAUUCGGCGGACUUUUUGGACUACGAAACGCGCCAUCCGAUGAAUCCGGCAGCCAGUGGCACAAACGAUGAGCCCAGUCCGGUACAUCGUACUCCACGUCCAAAAUCUAGCCUGGACAUCAAUCGCACUCCCGAUCACUACUACUACUCGGAAGCCAGCUAUGCGGAAAAAAUGCGCCUCCAAAGCGCAUCGUACUUGCAACGGGCGACCAACUCGGGAACUGGUACAUCCCGCAAGCAGCGAUCCGAUGAAAUGCAAGGAUUGUUCACUGGCGGAUCGAUGCCUCGGGACGGGCUUUACCGAAGUGGUAGUGGUAAAUUGGUCUCAAGCCAGCAGCAGCAGCAGCAACAACUGGAAGACUAUCCACUUGCCUCACAAAGCAUGCCCCGUUCGUCAGUUACCGAUCGUUCGAUGGGUUCCACUCGGCCUUCCAUGCACGCGCUUAAGAAGCAUGGAAGCGGAUCCACUCAACAGCAGCAACAGGAGCAGUUUGCAAGAUCCGCUAGUGCACGAUUGCCCCGCAAAGAGGAAGACUCCUCGUUGCGAGAUGGCGAACGAAAGCGUGAAGAAUCGAUGAAGCGACUGCUCGAAUGGAAGCAACGCAUGUUGCAAUCACCGCUGACGAAGAAAAUCAGCAGUCAGCAUUCGGCCAGCAUGGCAUCGGCUGAGUCUCUAAAUCCGGGUUCGAACGCCAGCAUCGGUGGUGAUCGACGGCACGAGGAAUUGUACGGGUUGAAGCCGGAAAACUCGCUAUUACGUAGAGAUUACUACGCAUCGACGUACGAACGGCAAUCGAUCGGUGAUCUGACAACGGCCGGAUCGGCAGGCAUGGGAAAACAUGGUGGCAGUGCAGUGAACAUCGCCCAAACGUCAGCUUACGGAAGUGAGAUCAAGCUGAACGGAGAUUACAACAGCUACUCGUCGGACGACGAAGAUGGAAGAAAUUUUACGCCGGCAGGAAGGUCAUCCCCACUCGUUAGAACCGCUUCCACGAAAGAGGUAGCAGAAGCACCAUCACCUCCACCACCACCACCACCACCACCACCACCAAUACACAAUCUAACACAACACAACCACAGCCACGAAAUUGCAGAAGUUGGCGCCGUCUCAAACGGCACCGACAAUAGGAUGCACGCAUUAACGCAAACGCAAAUCCUCGCAGGUCUCACCACCGGUGGUGACGGUGGCAGUAAGCCCAGAAGUUUCAGGAUCCCCCAUGAAGGUGGCACGCAGGAUCGAAACAGUAAGCAGCAGGGGGAAAAAGGUGCGACCGAUAAGCAGCAGACAGAGCAUCCGGAGGUUAACAGUAAUGAGUACAAUGAUGGGCAGGAGGAGGAAGAGGACGAGAUGUACGAGGAUAGCUUAGUGAACCACGCAAGUGCCAGCGCAAGUCCUAACCUGAGCGUGGACGCCAAUGUCUAUGAGAAUAGUUUUAUGAAGUUGCCAAACGAUCGCAAGAUCGCGCUAGGUGAUACGGACUCAAGGACUCAAGGAAGUAGGGACGGAAAUCAGCUAGAGCCAAGGGACGAUCGUGUCGGGGAUCUGGGAGGGCAGUUUGGUGUGCGUAAUCAACGCGAAAGUAUAAACGAUCGGCUGAGUAGGACUGGUGGUAACGAUAAUAGCACAAGGGUGAAUGGUAAUGGGAGAAACGCUAACAAUUUUUCUACCUCGAGUAAAUGUUUAACAUUGCCGGAAAUUGACGCGGCUGGGCCACAACAUCCUGUGCCAGCGUACGUGCCGGUUUACAAGCAAUCCUUAACUCCAUUAAGCAUGGCAUCGUUGCAUCUAUCCACCGUAGCGAAUGACAUGUUCAAAAAAUCCCCAUCUGAUCGAGGAAGUAAAAAUGUGCAGCCUUCGAACGGUGGCGUGGAUGACUGGGAUGAUGGAAAAUGUAUUCCAGACUCCGACCAGGGUACUGUCGGGGAUAAAUCUGCCGACGAUGGGGAGGAUAUAUUUGAGUAUACGGACGAGGAUCUAGAUGAAGCGCUGAAGCAUACCGAACAGCAACACCAGGGAGAACAAACCUUUGAGCGAAAAACCAAUUCCUCUACGGUAGAAGAAGGAGAGGAAACUUCUUCCACCGCAAGGGUGCUGCUAACGCAAGAGGAGAUGGAUGAAGAGUUGACGAUGCAAAUAAUGGAAGGACAUUACAUGCCGAUGACGCCGCGAAAGAACGUGAUCAGUUCGGCAAGCAGCUGCACGACCCUUUCGCUGUUAAAUCGCAACAGUGAUGCCACACCAACGCCCCAUUCAUCUGGCUUGACGGUGACGGGUAAAUUGCGGCCAUGUGAAAGCUUGACCGCCAUGGACAUACUGGACUCGAUACAGAACAGUAAUAAGAUGGAGAUGUGCAACAGUUACGAUGAAAGUACGUACAUCGAGAUGACGAAGGGCACGCUUGGAAAGAGUGUGUUUGCGGUAGCUGAAGAACCGAGGGGAGGAACGACGUACGAAAUGAUUAUGGUGCCAGAAUCUUCCCGGACGUCCGCCGGCAUCACUCAGAAGAAUCAUCAAGCUCGGUUCGGGGAAAAUCGUGCCACAAAAAUUGAUUCGGAACCGCUUUACAUGGAGCUUUCCCAACUGCACAGUAAUGUGUUGGACAAACGGAAGGAUGUUGUCACGCAAGAUCAGCGUAGAUCCUUCGAUGGAGUAGUUGGCAAAAGGAUCGAGUCUUUGGACGGAAAGAAACCGUACGGUGCAGAAAGCUCGACAGAUCUGCCUUCAGGAGAAAAAACGGGUACGAUCGGGCGAAUGAAAAACGCCGUCACUGGAAGUUCUGGAGGGGCGGUGAAAAAGAAGAAAAAAGAUAAAAAUUGGCCGGACAUUGUAAUGCAAUCGAGUAAGAGCGAUGACAGUGAGACGGAUUCGGAUGCCGGCGAGAAAAGCGCCGAGGAAAGCAAACGUAGUAAAAAGAAAAACGUCGGUAAAGAAAAGAAAAUGGCAAGCACGGCCACGGCAGAGCUGCAGAGUAAAACUAUGGCCCGUUCUCGGUUCAGUCUGUCGGACACGUUCCGGCCAGCGUCUUAUUAUUUGGGGGCAUCAUCGGCAAGCGGACUUGCUUCUUCCGGCCAUGGUAGCAAUGAUGGGCGUGGUGUUGGGGCAACCUUUGAGACCCUACUUGAUAGUUCGGACAGUGAAAUCGUAUCACCGCCACCGAUACCGAUCACAUCAAUUCCACUCGAUGAACCGGACGGUGAUGGAAGGUUGCUGUUAGGCGUGGACGGCAUUUCAAGGUACGCCGAUAGGGAGCGCUUUAGGUCGAGUGAAGCGAUCGAUUUAAUUAAAAACCAUCACCAAGCGCAGGAUAAAAGACAAUCGGUACAGAGCCUUCUCGGCACCGGUACACCGAGUGGCGGUGGUUUGAUGAAUCUGUCCUACGGUGUUCGCAGAGAAAGUGGCAGCAUGUCGUCGAAUCGAUCGAGCCUUCGCAGUAGCUCACAGGGGUUGUUUAACGUCACGAAUGCGGGUCUGGGUAACAACCCCCCAACGCGUGACUCAUUAAGUAUUCCGGAUCGCUGCUACGAUGGGGUUUCGAAUGCGUCUUCGGAAUAUGAAUUGCUUCUGCGGGAUGCCGGAGCUGGUGGUGCACGUUUAGGGAGCUCCGGAAUCGUGGGACGUAGGGAUGACUCUUCUGCCAGAAGCUCGAUCACGUUGUCUGAGACGAGCGGUUCGAUCGAAUGGCGUACACGCUCGUGUGCGGACGUGUCGAUGAGGAAUAAGAGAAGACCCAUAUCCGGAAGCUCUGUGAACUGUCCCAUUGAGAUGGCACUGGAUGGAAGUGUUCCCGGACUUGAUGACGGUCAGUUUGAGCGUUACUUGAACAACUUCAGCAGUGAUGAUGGGCAGCGAGAGAACGAUGAAUGUAACACGACCGAGUACGAGAUGGGUGGAAAUGCGUCGAAUAUUUCCCAGAAUGGACAUGACAACAGUAUCUACUAUGAAAACGUAGAGAUCAUGGGCCCGGGUGGAAACGAUUCCACAUUACGCCGAUCGUCGGUUGGUCCCAUUUUAAGUCCUUUAAGGGAGAAAAAUUUGUCUCUGCAUGACGCCAGAUGCCAGUCGGAGUAUCUCGGGACGGUGCUUGAGAGAGGAACGCAUGGGCUCGACGUAGACGAUGCUUCAUCGACGAUGGAUCCUGAUCAGAGAAGUUCCUGCACCGUACGCUACGAUUACGAUCGCACGAACCAAUGCAACAGGACUAUUACGCCCACGGAUGGAGCAGGUUCGCGUUCGAUGGGCACUGAACCGGUACACAGUCGCAAUAAUAGUACGCUGUCUUCGGAGGGUGCACCGUACUACUAUUCGGAUCUACAGGUCCGACCGCCUGGUGAGAAUAGGGAUCGAUGUACGAGUCAUGUUAGGAGCGGUAGUAAUUCAUCUCAACCACCAUCAACUACUCCCGUGGCGGUUGGAGAUACGUUGAACAAUCAGCGCGAUCUCGCAGGUGUUCGCAGACAAACGAUGGGUAACAUCUUCCACAUUCACAAUCCGCUGAAUACGAUCAAGACGGCGAAUUUGCUGCUGCACGCAUCCGCCACCGAAAAGCAUGCCGAUAUCGAUCGCAAAAACAUCUACGAAUCAGAUCGCAUUGGGCAGAAGGACGUUAACAAAACGAUCGCAGCUUCACUGUCAGCUGCCGGGUUGAGCGAUUCAACAGGAUCGUUCCCGACAGGAAGAUCCUCGUCCUCGUUGUCGGUGAGUGCUUUGAAAGAUGGCAACAGCACACUCAACCGACGUUCGACCGGGGCGUUACUUAACCCUCCUCGCCAAUAUCAAGACAACAUCAGUGGAUAUCAGCUUCCGGUAGCGAAUGGAGGCGCAAUUGCAGGAUGUAGCAGAAGCGGUAACAUACUUCCACCACCAUCCGGCGAGAGUCACAUUUCAUCCGGUGAUCAGCACUGGGAGGAAGAUACCCUGUGGAGGGAUAACCUCCGACGUGUGUCUCACAUUCACGCCAAAUCGAUGGACAAUCUGGAUAAUCUCGGUACGAUUAGGUCGCCCUCUUCCAUGGCCCUGCUGGCUAAAACGAUCAACCAACAGCAGCCACUGGAUCAACGCGAUCAUCUCGAUGAUCCGAGUCAGAUGGAAUCGAUCCUGAAACCCGUCGUGAAAAUAAACCGAAAGGACGUGACGUACGUUAACGAAAGUCAGUCGAAUUUUCCGGUUGCAAAAGUAGGAAUUGGUGAGCAGUUGGCCUCGACUAUCUCCGUUACGAAGUCGAUGCUACGAUCACCGAAAGCUAGUACUUCCCGGGCAGAGACCGUUGCAAUCUCCAGAAUAACGACAGGACCGCUUCCCAACGAAGAUGACAAUGAUGGUGGUGGAGAUGAUACCUGCAACAACGGGGACGACGACGACGUAUACGUACAACUGGCCAGCAACGUAUCGUCCUCCGGGACUGUAGUGCGAGAUGGGCGAUGGUCAUCGUCGAGUGGACGAGAAUCGGAUGCGGUCUACGAGGUCCUGCGGGACGAGAUCAACCGGUACGAUAUUAAUCGUGAAACAAUCCGACAGUGGGAUCUCAUGUCGAGCGGACUCGUGAACAGCAGCACGAUCAACAGCGGUCCCGGCAAGUCGGGUGGUAACGGUGACAUGUGCAGAAAAGCGUCCUCUGUUGGGAUUGUAGCACCGGUUAUUAUUGCGAACACGAAGGUAGAGGUUGCAAAGCGAUGUAUCGAAAGUCCGGGAGUUUCCACCAGCAAGGGAUUGUACGCAUCUAAACAAUCGUUUAACUCUGAGCUAUUUGGGAAGCCUAGCGAUGUGUUUGACACGAUUGGCCAGUACGGUGGCAAAUACAAAAACGACGUUGGUCAACAGGUUGAUUCCUCCGGUGGCAAAUAUAAUAACGAUGCCUCGAUAUCGGUGAGAAACGUGUUCAACCUUCCAAAGGUAGCGCUGACCGUUAAACCGGACCCGUCCGAUCCGAGCUAUCUGUUGCAAGGCAAAGGACCAGUAGCAGCUCAUUACUACGACGGUAUGAUGCUUGGAAGCGGUGAAUACUACGCUGGUGAAAAGUACAUUCGACCGGACAUAAGCUUCGAAUCGACCCACGAUCUGUACACGCAAGCCCAGCUGCAGCGAACACAGGAGCUGAAUUUGCAGCAACACUAUCAGCUGCAGAACAUCGAUCGAAGCCUCGCGAAUAUGCAGGAUCAGCAGCAUCAGGAAGUGUCACCACAAUCGCCGUUAGUCUGCGCACGGGAACUGGAUGCCGGAAAAUGGCCGAACACUCCGACGAGAUCGGCAGGUGGCGAAGCGAUGAUGUACAUGAAUGGUCGCCACAAAAGUGAAUCUUCCAGUGAGAGAUUGGACAUGAAGAAUCUUGUCCGCACCGCUGAAGGAGAUCGAAAAGCGGAAAGUUUGGCAAGAUUGGACGUACUGAAGCACCAGCUCACCGAGCUGGAAAAGCAGUACGAGAAGGAAAAACCCUUAAUCAAUUUGGUAGACAACAUGGUCAAGCUGGGUAGCCUAUACCGUGGACCAGUCGGUGGCAAAAAGCAGCUGCAAGCACCAGAAUCCGCGACGUUGGACCGUUUGGAAUUCAACCAGCGCAUGCAAGAACGGCGCCUGUUGCAAGAAGAACAGCGCCAAUGGGACCGAACCAGUCCGAAUCACGUCGAGCUUCAGUCGAAGGUACAACAGCUGUAUCAGAUUGAUAAGUUAAUGCAGGAGGAAUCAGGCACGCUACAGGCAUUGCAGAGGGAUAAAGAGAAUUUGGAAAAGGCGUUAGCCACCUUAAAGACGCGAGUUCUCAACAGAGAAGGAGGAAGCAUGCCGAUGGCCAUGGACACCGCCAGACAGCAGCAGCACACGCUAGAAAGGGAGUUAACGAGAGUACAUCAGCUUUUGGCCGCCAAUUCGAAGAAACUGGAGAAAACCGUUUCUACGAAUGCACGCUUAGAACAGGAGCUUCUGGUGCUACGGCAGAAACUGCAAGCCACACGCGAACAUCGCUCGAUGCAUUCCGUGUUUGAUUCUGCUUCCACGAUGGACAACCAGUACAUGCCGGGUUCGGUAACUGCCGUACUGGAGUCGGAAUUAAAACGCGCCAAGCUGCUCGUCGGCGAUAUGCAGCGUCAACGGCAAGAACUCGGCCAAGCCGUGCGUCAGCUCACAUCGUACAAUCCGGGUGAUGCCGGUGGCGGACAGAUGAUGGAUCGCCACCAAGCAGACGAUCAGCAUCAAGAACGCGGCCAGCAAGCGGAACAGCAAACAGGUAGCUCGAAACAUAAGCGCAGCUUUUCAUCUUCCUGGGUGGAAACGGAUCUUGAUUCCCUGGCAGGCAAGGAGUCGUCCGCUUCGUCAUCCAUCAACCACCGUGCGCUUUCCUCGUCGGCAUCGAGCGUCCUCACGAUCGACGAUGAAAUGCAAUCGCUCUUUCUUCCGAGCAGCCGCACCAAAGAGUCCUUCGAGGACGCGGAAUCCAUGGACGAGCUGUACUCGACCGGAGGGUCCUCGUACAACUACGGUGCUGCUAGCGCGUUAACCGCCGCAGUAGAUAAGCAGGAAAUUAAAACUGUGCGUAUUGUAAAGCGCGAAUCGGAACGGCGCAUGCGGGAUAAGGAGAAAAAUGAUCGCAACCUGGCGCUCAGUCUAGAUCAGGUGCUUGAGGAGGAGGCCCAACUGAUGGAGGACUACCAACGGGCCAAAUCGCUUCCGAGAGGAUACGAAACACACGAGCUGUUCGUGCAGGGUCACGAUCCUGCCGGUGGUAUUAUUGGUGGUUCAGCAGGAUCGAUGAACAGCACCCGGUUGAUGAACGAUUACUACAACAGUGUGGUAGCAUCCGCAAAUGGCAACAGUUACCCGGUGUCACUGAUCGACCGUCAAGCUGAUCUAUACACGGGUCACUUCGAGACGGGAUUGCAAUCGCAGUACCUUACCAACGGUGUCAACGGUGCUGCUCUGAACAGAGCCUCUGGAAUGAGUAACUCUUACCAACCACAGAACACCUACCUAAGCGGCAGUACUACCGGGUUGUCGAGUGCUUCAAUGGGUGGCUUAAAACGGAAAACAGAAUCCAUACAAAGCCUCACCAACGCGGGUGCGGAACAUGAUCCGGUGUUCCAGAGCGAAGCCGCCAAACAAAUCAUCAAUGAAAUGGCUACCGGAUCGAGUAUGAACGUCAACUGGAGAGCUCGUGAUGACGUUGAUCUUGAGGUAACGAUACGACCACGAUCGAACGCUCCGGACGUCGUGCGGUCGGCGUUGGGCCCGCGGGAAAAAAUAUCCGAGCACACUAUUGAUAAGUUGCUGGCGGCCCCGAGCAAGAUCCUCAUUCCGGAACGGUACGUGCCGGAACAAACGCCCGAGCUGUCGCCGGAGGAAAAACGUCGACGCCAGGAAAAGGUCGAAGCCAUCAAAAAGAUGCUCUCUGAUACGCCAAUAGGCGGAGGUGCUGGCAACAACGAAACCGGACCAAAUCCAGUGCCGAGCGCGGAGAAGAAGCAGCGGGAGCAUCUCAUUCAACUUAACCAAAUCCUUGCACAGCAAGUGAUGCAAAUGAGCAAAAUUGUCGCAGAAAACUCAUCCGCAGUGCUUCCAUCGAAGAUAAAGCGAAAGUGUAACGCACAGUUGAGCGCUAGCACAUCGGGCAGCAAAGCAAACGACGAAAAGGACCACUACGAGUCGGAUCUGGAGGACUACGAUACGGAUUCACCGGCGGAACCGCUUCCACUAUACCAGCAGCGUGAGAAUUACUUCACCUAA